AUGGAAUCAAGAUCGAGAGAAACUACUCCUACAAAAGAGGAUUUGGAUUUUAUAGUUGAUGAUGGUUACAAACAUGAUGAGGAUCCAGAUUAUGUUCCAAACGAAAAAUAUGUUGUUACUGGAUCAGAGUUUAAGAGAUUAACCAGAAAUGCUAAAAAGCUUGGUGCUGAAUCACUUGAUUAUUCAACCCGAAAAAAUAACAAAUAUAUGGCUACACUUCCAGGUGGAAAGAAUGUUCACUUUGGGUCACCAAAAUAUCCAGAUUACAUUAUUCACAAAGAUAAAGAGCGAAGAGAUAAAUAUCUUACUCGCGCUACAAAGAUUAAAAACAAACAGGGAGAGUUAACUCAUAAUAAUCCAGAAUCGAGUAACUAUUGGUCAACAAAACUUUUAUGGCCUAAAGAUAUUGAUUUUAGAAAUAUGAGAUUAAAUAAAUAAAAUUGAUUUGUGAUUUAAAGAUUAAAUAAAUAUUAAUAAAAUGCAGUUGUCAAGUUACGAAAAUAUUACCCAAGAGAAUAUUAUCUUUAAUGAAGCCAAAGAGUACAAAGUCAAAGAUAGCAAGAUUAAAUACAAACGAAUUCCAAUUGAAGUCAAAUAUCCAAAUGGAAAGAAAGGAGCACUAGUAUUAGAAUCUCCAGUUCUUUUCAGUUUUGGUGUUAGUGAAAAGAAAAACCAAGAAACAAACAAGUUAGUAGGUUAUAGUAUUCCAGUAUGUCUUUGGUCUCGCGAUAGUGAACCUAAUAGUAAAGAAAAAGCAUUUUUUGAUGUUAUUAAUAGUGUAGUAACUCUAUCUCAGCAACAUUUAGAGAAUGAAUAUGGACCAGAUCUAGCGUCAACUUUAUCUUCACUAUUUUACUACAAACAAAUAGAAUACACAGACAAGAAAGGAAAAAAGAGAACAAAAGUUGAUGAAUCAUCAGCGCCAGUUCUUUACGCAAACUUCGCUUAUUUACUCAGAAAAAUCAAAGAAGAUAUUAUCUUUGUUUAA